ACGCGUGCUUGUUUCAAAUAAUUUUACACGUUCAGCUGCCGGCAGGGUACUCGGUAGGUGCGCCCUAAACAAAGCUGAGUUUGCGAAGCGAGAACACUGGAAAGCGCAUCUUCCAAUACGGAGAAAAGGUGAACGUGAAAAGACCUCUCGUCAAUUCUGAACUAUGGAGCGCUCAAAACAGAGUCACGACCAUCAAGCUGACAGUAGACCGACUACAAACGAAAGUUCUCUAAACGGACACUUUGAAGGCUUGGUAAAAAAAGACACCCGGAAUGUGGGAUGUCAAGGGACGGGGACCGCCGGUGAGUCGAGUUCGCACACAGGGUCGUCAGUCGUGGAAAACUGGAAGCAUGAGCGCACCCGAAGUAUAGAAGACAACGAGAUGAGCUUGCCUAGUCUGGCAGCUGCUUAUACCACUAUUAUCCGGGGACUCGGCGAAGACCCGCAAAGACAGGGACUUCUCAAAACUCCUUGGAGAGCCGCAACUGCGAUGCAGUUCUUCACCAAGGGAUACCAGGAGAAAAUAAUAGAUGUGCUGAACGAUGCCAUCUUCGACGAGGACCACGAUGAGAUGGUUAUCGUGAAGGACAUCGACAUGUUCUCCAUGUGCGAGCACCACCUGGUGCCCAUCUUUGGCAGGGUCCACAUAGGCUAUCUCCCCAAUAAAAGGGUGCUGGGCCUCAGCAAGCUGGCCAGGAUUGUUGAAAUCUACAGCCGUCGACUGCAAGUUCAAGAGCGGUUGACCAAACAAAUCGCUGUGGCAAUCACUGAAGCUCUGCAGCCUGCUGGGGUGGGCGUCGUCAUCGAGGCAACUCACAUGUGCAUGGUGAUGAGGGGGGUGCAGAAGAUGAACAGCAAGACUGUGACCAGCACCAUGCUGGGAGUGUUCCGGGAGGACCCGAAGACACGGGACGAGUUCCUCACCCUAAUCAGGAACUGAGAGGGACGGCUGGCCUACAAACCUGCUGCCCAGCCCAGCACAGACCCCUCUCCCUGUCGCCUGCCUGGAGCUAGAGCAGUCCACACAGCAGUUUUGGUACGAAGCCUAGAGUCCGGGCUUGCAGAGUGUAUGUGAGUUGUGUGUAUGUAUGUGUCUAUUCCUCCACCCCCUUCCAAAUAAUCACACACAUCACAUGGUCGCAUGACAUAGCUGUCUUGUGUGUGUACAUGACAGUCUUACUAAACGGUGUCUGUCAGCUGGCUUAACCUAAAAAUUAAUCGUUUGGAUCAAUGAUUAGUGUUUCUUAUGGUUACUUAAUUUAAAGGACUUUGAUCCUGUUAAAAACAUUUUUUUGUUGUUGUAACUUUUCAUUAGAUUGAACCUCCAAGUACGGUAAAGAUACUAACA